GGCGGGCGGACGGCGUGGGGGCGUCUGGCGGCGGCUCCUCGGCUCCUGCCAUUCUAGGCAGCUGCGCGAGGCAGCUCGCGGCAGGCUCGGCGAGGGUUAAGGUACGGCGCGGUUUACGAAGGACGUUUUUCCCAGGGCAGGGGCUGUUUGGCCCGGAGGCGGGGCUGCUGGGCCCUGGCGACGGCGGGAGCGGAGUGGCGAACGUCGGCGGCGGAGCGCGCGAUGGCGCGGGCGGCACAGUGCUUGUGAAACUGAACACAACAAAAGCAUGGAGAUGGGAAACCAACACCCUUCUAUUAGUAGGCUUCAGGAAAUCCAAAAGGAAGUAAAAAGUAUAGAACAGCAAGUAAUUGGUUUCAGUGGUCUGUCAGACGACAAGAAUUACAAGAAACUGGAGAGGAUUCUAACAAAACAACUUUUUGAAAUAGACUCUGUAGACACUGAAGGAAAAGGAGACAUUCAGCAAGCUAGGAAGAGGGCAGCACGAGAGACAGAGCGGCUGCUCAAAGAGCUGGAGCAGAACGCGAACCACCCGCACCGGCUCGAGAUACAGAGCAUAUUUAAAGAAGCCCAGUCCCUGGUGAAGGAGAAGAUCGUGCCAUUUUAUAGUGGAGGCAACUGUGUAACUGAUGAAUUUGAAGAAGGCAUCCAGGAUAUCAUUUUGCGGUUGACACAUGUUAAAACUGGAGGCAAGAUCUCCUUGCGGAAAGCUCGGUAUCACACUUUAACCAAAAUCUGUGCGGUGCAAGAGAUUAUCGAGGACUGCAUGAAGAAGCAGCCUUCCCUGCCACUGUCCGAGGACGCACACCCUUCCGUUGCCAAGAUUAACUCUGUGAUGUGUGAGGUGAACAAGGCCAGAGGCACUCUGAUCGCUCUCCUCAUGGGAGUGAACAGUAACGAAACCUGCAGGCACUUGUCCUGUGUGCUCUCGGGGCUGAUCGCGGCCCUGGAUGCCCUGGAUGUGUGCGGGCGCACUGAGAUCAGAAACUACCGGAAGGAGGUCGUGGAAGAUAUCAACAAGUUAUUGAAAUAUUUGGAUUUAGAAGAGGAAGCAGAUACCACUUACGCGUUUGACCUGGGACAGAAUCAUUCCAUUUUAAAAAUAGAGAAAGUCCUCAAGAGAAUGCGAGAGAUAAAAAACGAACUGCUUCAAGCCCAGAAUCCUCCUGAGUUGUACCUAAGUUCCAAAACAGAAUUGCAGGGCUUGAUUGGACAGCUGGAUGAGGUCAGUCUCGAAAAGAACCCCUGUAUCCGGGAGGCCAGGAGGAGAGCAGUGAUCGAAGUGCAGACCCUCAUCACGUACAUCGACUUGAAGGAAGCCCUGGAGAAGAGAAAGGCGUUUGUGUGUGAGGAGCACCCCUCACACAAGGCCAUCUGGGACGUCCUUGGAAACCUGUCGGAGAUCCAGGGAGAAGUCCUCUCAUUUGACGGCAACCGGACUGAUAAGAACUACAUGCGGCUGGAAGAGCUGCUCACCAAGCAGCUGCUGGCCCUGGAUGCGGUCGACCCGCAGGGAGAGGAGAAGUGUAAGGCUGCCCGGAAGCAGGCGGUGAAGCUCGCCCAGAACAUCCUCAGCUAUCUCGACCUGAAAUCUGAUGAGUGGGAGUACUGAAGCACCCAGCCCGGGCCUGAGCCCUCUUGUUUUGCACUUUAUACAUACGUCUUUGUAUUUAUAGAGAGCUUGCAGUUCCUUGAGCCUAAAUGUGAUUUUUACAUGCAUAUUUCAAUCUCCGUAUUUAUGGUUUUAGCAAAUUAUAUUCAGUAUCUCUGCUGCUUUUGAUGUUGCAAAACAAAUAUUACAGCUUAUUAACUUUU